UGCGCCCUGCUUUUUACUUCGUUAAAAGUCUCCAUCGAGUUUUAUUAAUGUAGAUUUGAAAAAAGUGUAACUUAAUUAUCAUCAACUUCCAGACAAAGACUCCAGUUUUUUAAGAAUAGGCUCUUUGAAUGUAAGAGUGAAGCGAACAACCGAAGCCUUUAGCAAUUUCUUUGUGGGAAAUAAUUCCGUUGUGAAUCCUGUCGACAACAUGAAUGGGAAAGUAUAUAAAAGUUGGGGAUCAGCCGACAAUUUAGCUCCGGAGAACUCGAUGCCCGCUCCAAAAGGCUUCGUGAAAAGAAAGUCUAAAAAGAUGUUAGAUUCAACAGGUGCAAACAGUACACCUGGCACCCCAAAUCAGAUGCCUCGGUCCAUGUCACACUCUCAUAGAAGCUCCACACAAGACUCCGACUCGGACACAGCAGCUGGAUUUGACUCUAAUUGGCGCCCUUAAUAUGCCGAAAAUGGGUUGGGCGUCAAUAUUUAAUUAGUAAUAAGCGAAAAAGAUGUAUUUAUCAAGUAAAAAGAUGAUUAUGUUUAGUUAAAAAAAUGUAAUAAAUCAAUAUUGUUGCUAUUUUAA